AUGGAGGCUACUGUGCAAAACGACCAGAGGCAGAGUCUCUUGUGUUCACUCCCCACCGAGAUCAGGAUCCAGAUCUUUACACUUGUGUUGACUGCGGAUCACGACCUCUCCAGACCAUAUCGGGCCGAUCGGAAGUACUACAGACCACAAUAUCAAUACCAUCAGAAGAUCGACUUCUCGCUUCUUUUCACGUGCAAACAGAUCUAUGGCGACACUCGUUUGCUACCUAUUUCGGCCAAUGAACAUGUGUUCUGGUUGUUUAAUGGCCCGUGGAAACAAUUUAACCAGAACAACCGCAACACUGCGCGCUGGGACUCCUGGUAUUUCAGCUUGAAUGAAGCACAGAAACCGGCAAUCCAGAAAGUCCAUAUUUUCAACCAACAGUACUAUCUGGAGAACCUCAUUACCACUGACGCCAGGAGAUUCCCAUUCAAAACGCAUAGUCUCCAUUUGACCUUUCGUCACUCCGACUGGUGGUCAUGGGAAUCACCACCGGCGUCAAGCGACCGCCUCGGUAUCUGUCCAUGGAGACGUCAUCGUACCUCUUGCCAGGCAAUGCUCGCUGAGCCGAUCCAACCAGACCUGGCUUACAUCAAGGAGCGAAUGGUCGAGGGGACUUGGGGAGGAUCGAUCUGCCAAAUUCUUAACCUACGAAAGCUUGUGCUGGAGUUCGAGACUGACGAGAGAAAGAAAUCACAACUUGAAGCGGUCGUCGAAAGAGCCAAGGGUUGGAAGUUCCCAUUGGCUUGGGAAGAUCUUGUUCUCGAAUGGAGUGGACAGCUCGAUGUGUCUCGGUGGGAAGGUGUACGAGAUCUCAAAGAUGAUUAUCACUUUCUGAAGGAGCAGCCUGUUCGGGACGACCUACCCAAACGCCAGUACUACGUUGUCACAAUGGUGUGGCAGGCCAAGCCAGUGAGCAAUUCGGUCGAUUGA